GGUGGUGAGGUGAAUCGAAUGAAUCCAAACAGAGAGUCGGCUCAGUGAAAGGAUUCAGACCAGCGCUCGGUGGAGAUGAAUGGGCCGGCGGUGGACGGGGCUUGUUUUUACCUCGGCGCGGUGAACUGAGGGAGCAGCGAGGCUUUAUCCCGGGCCUCGCUGACUUACCUCAUCCCACCUCACCCACACCCCUUAAAAAACAACAACAAAAAAAAAAAACCCUCCAGUAAACAGGCUUUUAAUCGCAGCCGCCGGCUUGUUGUCUGGAUAUGAAAAUGAAGCUCAGCGCUUGUCCUCGUCCGCGGCGAGCUCUGACCCAUGGAUGUCGUUUCCGUCUUUCGCUUUCAGCCAGCUGCAGCCAAGCGGAUGCGCAACUUCUCCCCUCUGAUGCGGUCCCAUUUUAUGGAUUCUGAUAUGGACUAUGAGAGGCCAAAUGUCGAGACCAUCAAGUGUGUGGUUGUCGGGGACAACGCAGUGGGAAAGACCCGGCUCAUCUGUGCCCGAGCUUGCAAUGCUACCCUGACCCAGUACCAGCUGCUCGCCACACACGUUCCCACUGUCUGGGCCAUAGACCAAUACCGAGUCUGCCAGGAGGUUCUAGAGCGAUCUAGGGAUGUGGUGGAUGACGUCAGCGUGUCCUUGCGGCUCUGGGACACGUUCGGGGAUCAUCACAAGGACCGCCGCUUUGCUUACGGACGGUCUGACGUGGUGGUCCUGUGUUUCUCAAUUGCUAACCCGAACUCUCUGCACCAUGUAAGGACCAUGUGGUACCCAGAAAUCAAACACUUCUGCCCCAGAGCUCCUGUCAUCCUUGUCGGCUGCCAGCUGGACCUUAGAUAUGCUGAUCUCGAGGCGGUGAACCGAGCACGGCGCCCAUUGGCGAGGCCCAUAAAAUCCAACGAGAUCUUGCCACCAGAGAAGGGCCGUGAGGUGGCCAAAGAGCUUGGUGUCCCAUACUAUGAGACUAGCGUGGUUGCCCAGUUUGGUAUCAAGGAUGUAUUUGACAACGCUAUUCGUGCUGCCCUGAUUUCCCGCCGCCAUCUGCAGUUUUGGAAGUCGCAUUUGCGCAACGUCCAGCGGCCUCUCCUUCAAGCCCCGUUCCUUCCUCCCAAACCUCCUCCGCCCAUCAUUACAGUGCCGCCUCCCCCCAGCAGCAUGGAAGAGCAUCCCGGGCGUCUGCUAGAGGACCCGCUGUGCGCCGACGUCGUCCUUGUGUUGCAGGAGAGCCAAAGAAUCUUUGCUCACCGUGUCUACCUCGCCACGGCCUCAUCUAAAUUCUACGACCUUUUCCUGGUUGACCAUCGGACACCCGAGGACAAAAAAGAGAAAGAACGCACCCGGGUGCCUCUGUCCGGCCGCGAGCUGUUGAUGCGAGCGGCCAGCUUUGACGUUUGUGAGAGCAGCGAUGAAAGAGAACGAGCGAAUCUACGCGCCUGUACCAGUGACGGGACCCUUAGGGGAGGUGAAGGAGGCCGUCUGCUCCCAGCAUUCAGCCGAGCGUUUGUCAGCGUGCGGGAGGAAAUGGUGGAUGACCCCUUGACCUUUAUCUCCAGACCGAUGACGGUGGUGCACAUGGAUACGUCCAUGCAGCUGGGGCCUUUCCGUGCUGUUUUGCGCUAUCUCUACACGGGGAAGCUGGACGAGCAUGAGAAGGAGCUGAUGCAGGUGGCUCACAUCGCUGAGCUCCUGGAGGUUUUCGAUCUCCGCAUGAUGGUGGCCAACAUCCUGAACGAUGAAGCUUUCAUGAACCAGGAGAUCACCAAGGCCUUCCAUGUGAGGCGCACCAACCGCAUCAAGGAGUGCCUUGCCAAGGGGACCUUCUCUGAUGUGGUGUUCAAGCUGGAUGACGGUACAAUAAUGGCCCAUAAGCCUUUGCUGAUCUCAAGCUGUGACUGGAUGGCGGCCAUGUUUGGAGGACCGUUCGUGGAGAGCUGUACCAAAGAGGUGUUGUUUCCGAACACAACCCGUAGCUGUAUGCGUGCGGUGAUGGAGUACCUCUACACCGGCCGGUUCUGUUCUCGCCCAGACCUAGACGCCAUGGAGCUCAUCGUUCUUGCAAACCGUCUCUGUCUGCCUCACCUGGUUGCACUGACAGAGCUCUACACUGUGACCGUGCUUAUGGAAGCUGCUAUGAUGGGAGCCGAUAUCGAUGGAGAAGUGCUGGUUUAUCUGGAAAUGGCUCAGUUCCAUGGUGCCCACCAGUUAGCUGGAUGGUGCCUCCAUCACAUCUGCACCAACUACAACAGCGUCUGCCGCAAGUUCCCUCGUGACAUGAAGGCCAAGUCCGCAGAGAACCAGGAGUACUUCGAGAAGCAUCGCUGGCCUCCGGUGUGGUACCUCAAAGAGGACGAUCAUUACCAGCGGGCGCGCAAAGAGCGCGAGAAAGAGGACUACCUGUACCAGAAACGCCAGUGUAAGCGCAAGUGGCUCUUCUGGAAUCUUCCUUCAUCACCCUCUUCCAACUCUCCGUCCUCUCCCGGGUCCUCCGCUGUCGUGUGAUUUAAUCAAGGUGGUAAUCAAGGCUGUAUUGAUCCGCCGUUCGAUGGAAAAGCACACCCAUCAGGAGUGGCGUUGAUUUUGGCCUAAAAAUAUACGUUAAACACUUCGGAAGGUGAGCCAGAGACUGUAAGAAUGUUCCUUUUUUUUUUUCUUUUUAUCCCAAUCCCUGAGCGGCUGUUCAUACACACCCACAAAAGACCCAUCAAACAAAACAUGCUCACGACAACGUGAAUCAAAUGACUUUUCUGCUACAAAACCAAUUACAAAAGGCAGAUCUUGAUUUCAGAGUGGGAUUUUAAAAGUUUUUUUUUUUUUUUCUCCACUUCUAAUAAUAAAUCACCAGUGUCAUGAAGAUGUGCUGCAUGAACGAGCGUGCAGAUUAUUACAUCUGGCUUUCCCAGUGGAACAAGUGCGUCGUCUGGGAUCACAUGGCGGAUUGGCCCGUCCUGCUCUUACGGAAUGUUAAUAGUUCCCGAAUGGCCCUGGCUGUGACUUCGACUGCGGAUUGUUUGAUCUAUUUUUUUAUGAUUCAGAAAAGGGCUCUCGUUUUUCCUCGUCAUCUUUGGACCCUUUCUUUGCUAGAAAAAGAAAUGAAGUUGAUAAUAUCAGCCUUGCACAUAAUCCAUUAUUUAACACCUCAGAAUGGUAGGAAUAGAUGAAAAAAAAAAAAAAACCCUCUGAAUUCUCACCACUGUUCGUAAACACAAUACGCAAGACCUCAGAUAUCUUUAGACCACUAUAUCACAUCAGAUCCUAACAUUUCAAUAAUCUAUGUAAUAGGGAUUGCUCCUGCUUUUAUUUGGUGAACCCUGCACGUCACACCCUCCUAGACUGACAACGUGAGAUAUUAAAAUAUAUUUAAAUAAUACUAGACUCAUGGGCAGGCCCAUGUCAUUUCUAUUAGAAUGCAUUUGCGAACAGUAUUGUAGAAAGCACAUAAUGCUAAUGUCUUGGUCAUUUGAAGUACAAGUUACGUUUUAAGGCUGUGAAGUUACUGUAGAACGUAGAAUAUAAUGCAAGCAAAAAUCUAAAAGAGAAAAAAAAAAAAAAACAUUUUCCUUGUAUGAGGAACCGCCUAACACUGAGAAGAGAUAAAAUCAGUUUACGGAAUGUAAAAUGCCAUUUUAGGUUAUAGCAAGCUUUCUAAAUUCUGCACAGUGUUGUUUACAUUGCUUCAUCUGAAACCUGUAAGAGAUGGAAUCCCGCAAGCAUGAUGCAUAUUAAGUAGCAUUGAGUAGAACCACUCGGUUUUCAAUUCACGCUCUUUAUUAAUAGCGUUAACUGAUGAUCUUAGGAUGCUGAUUUAUGUAAACGGCUAGGGAAGAAUGGAUAAUCAAAUGUUUACUUAAAUUAUUGUGAUAUUCUGUUACUAAUAAUAUUCAUAAAAAGUGUGUAUGUGAAAACUUAAAGAGAAAAUACAGAGACCUAAUACACCUUAAUGCUCUUCAUACGUAUCUGUCAAGUACAAGGGAUGUUCAAGUCAAACCUGGACUUUGACUAGAUGCAGCACGUCUGUAACGCUGGCCUCCCAGGAACUCCUUUCUUGGCCCAAACAGGUGGAAAUCCUUUGGAGCACGGUCAGGACUGUAAGAGGGAUGUGGCAGCAACUCACAGCCUGGUUCCUAAUGUGUAAGCGGUGUUUGUUAAUGGUUUUGUGUACAGUUUCCACAGACAGAUGUGUCUCUUCCGCAAGUUGACGAAAAGUUGUUUUUCAAGAUUUCUACUGGCCAGGCUCUUCAUUCACAGACUUACGGCCUCUUUUUUUUUUAUUCUUUUUUUUUUGUGGCUAAGAGUCUCAUCACUGUACUGUGCUCGAAGUCUAAUGUAAACGUCAAUCACUUUUAUGCCUUCAUUCACAAGAAAUUUCAUCACAAGUCUCGGUUUGACAUGAACGCCCCUCGUAUAUUCCAAUAAUGUGACCUAUGAAGCAUCAGAGAUAAAUUUCGGUUUAUAAAAUGAUGUUUUGUUUCAAAGAAAUCAAGGUAGUAAUGUACCAGCACACAUUUAGUUUAUAUCAAUAAUCCUUCAAUUUGUGAAAAGAAGUGUCAAGUAGAACCAGGUUAUGCCAAGCAUCUAAACCACGAUGAAUGCCUUUUUAAAGAUUUUACUGUAGGAUAGAUUUAGAAAACUUUACAGUUGACUAACCUAUCUGUCCCAGGUUGACGUUUGAAGUGGGAUGUUCCAACCAUGGUUAUAACCUACUAUUCCUUGGAUGCCCUGUGAUCUAUGAAGUAUCUCCAGUACCGUUACAGGUCUGGUAUGCUAUUGAUGGCGGGUUUAUAGAAGAUAGCAUGUGGUCGAUUAGGUUAGAGUUUCCUCUGAAGAAUGAACAAGGGUGGAGUUAGCAGAGAUACCCAUUCCAAAAUAUAGUUGUAUAGAAAUCAGGGUAUAGUGAGAAUACACAUACAGUGCCUUGCAAAAAUAUAUUUAUACCCCCUGAACUUGGUUGUCAAGUUACAACCAACAAAUAUAAAUGUGUUUGUUUGGGUUUUUCUGUGAUAGACCAAUAACAUAAUUGUGAAGUGGAAGGAAAAUGAUGAAUUGUUUUCAAAUUUUUUUACUAAUAAAAAUCUGAAAAGUGUGGCGUACAUUUGUAUACAGCCCCCCUUUUACUCUGAUACCCCUAAGUAAAAUCCAGUAAAACCAAUUGCCAUCAGAAGUCAACUAAUACAUAGUACAUAGAGACGGCAUAAUGAAGCCCAGUUGUAGAGAAAUUUAAAGCAGGGUUAGUUUAUAAAAAAUAUCCCAAGCUUUGAAUAUCUUACUUGCAUCAAUACUUUUGCAAGGUACUGUAAGUGUGUGCAAGUAUACGGUGCACUUCAAAAAACUGUAUUUUAAAAUCAGUUUGUUACAUUAAUUACAUUAAUACAUUGAUAAACUCUGGCG